CUGGAUACGCUCGUCACACAGACACACGAAGAAACAAGACUGCAUUGUUUUGAUUUUACAUUGUUAGUGUAUCUGGAAAGUAGGCUACAAAUAAUAAAAGACAGUAUAGGCCUGCGAACAUAUAACAUUGAAUAGGAUAAUUUUUCCAUAUCGAAAAGGAUUACAAUUUGCUGUUUUAAGGAGCCGCCGAUCAAUUCAACAGGUAGAUUCCUGAUGUGUGACCUCAGCAUGGACCAAGUGGCCCCCCUGUCCACUGGCUACCGCUCCAGCCUCAAGCGGCAGGCAGCAUUUGACCUGUUUGAAGAUCCCAUGUCUCUGUUCUCUGGAUACUUCCUCCCCUCAGACGAUGAGCAGUCUCUUCAGGAGGUGCCCUCUGCCCUCAACUGUUUCUCACACGACAUGGGCUCCUGCUCUGUUCCCCUGUUGACCCCGUGCAGUAAGGCAGUGAUGAGUCAGGCCCUGAAGGACAGCUUCAGUGGCUUCUCCAAGGUCCAACGCUGCUAUGGCAUCUCCAACAACCUUCGUAAGUGGACCAAGCAGCAUGUGAUGAAGUGGCUCCACUGGGCGGCCAGUGAGUUCAGCCUGGCCAACGUCCACUUCUUUAAGUUUGACAUGAACGGCCAGGAGCUGUAUGACCUGGGUAAGGAGAGCUUCCUGGACCUGGCCCCAGACUUCGUGGGCGACAUCCUGUGGGAGCACCUGGACCAGAUGAUGAAAGAGUGUCAAGAGAGAGAAGAACCCAUAAGCCUCAGCAGUGUUGUGCCCUCAGGAACCAACUGGAUGAGCUCUAGCGGCUUCAGUCUGGAGGAGACCCAGUGCGCCCUGCAGGUGCCUGACAACAGCGACAGUCUGCUGAGAGAGCUGUUUAAGACCUCAGACAAGACCGCCCUGCUGACUCCAGAUCAGGAGUUCUCCAUGUUCUCCAAGCCCCAGCUGAGCACGGUCAACGUCAGCUACGUCAGCAGCAACCCAGGUGCAGGGCAGCUCUCCAAAGCCUUCUUGUCCCAAGACCAGAGUUUGUGUUCAUUGGAGAGUGUGGACAGCUUCGAGGGGCCAGAGUCCAUGCUGCACUCCUGGGGCAGCCAAUCCUCCCUGGCGGACAACCAGAGGGUGCCGUCCCACGACAGCUUUGAGGACGAGUACAAUAGCAGCACACUGAGUCUGGGGAAGCAGGGCCUGUCCUUCAAGGACUACAUCCAGGAGAGGAACGAGCCUGUGGAAUUGGGAAAGCCUGUCAUAGCUGCUGCCGUGCUGGCUGGCUUCACUGGAAGUGGUCCUAUCCAGCUGUGGCAGUUCCUGCUGGAGCUCCUGACUGAUAAGAGUUGUCAGGCCAUCAUCAGCUGGACCGGAGACGGCUGGGAGUUCAAACUCACCGACACAGAUGAGGUUGCUAGACGCUGGGGCCGCAGGAAGAACAAGCCCAAGAUGAAUUACGAGAAGCUGAGCCGUGGCCUGCGAUACUACUACGACAAGAACAUCAUCCACAAGACCUCGGGCAAGCGCUACGUCUACCGCUUCGUCUGCGACCUGCAGAACCUUCUGGGCUACUCUGCCGAAGAGCUCCACAUCAUGCUGGGGGUCCAGCCUGACACUGAGGAUUGAAUCAACUGCCGUUUUAUCGAAAGGGAAGGGGUUGGAGAUGGAGUCAAUGGGGCUUCACUACCCCAACCUAGCAAAAGUUGCUAAUGGUACAGGCCACCUGAAGGUCAUUUCUGGUCAUUAAACAGGUGGCACUGAGUGAUGUGCACUGACAGUCACUACACUGGUGGGCAGGCAGUGAGCAUCUCUAAUUUGGAGCGGUAGCUCCUGUCUUGGCUCUUGUGCCAUUAAUGUGCAUCGUUGUGCAAGCUUUGGUUGAGAGGGGUGCCAGAAUUUAAAUCAAGCGUUCCCUCUGGGUGAAAGUGUUGUUGUGCAAAUUGUAAUGGAUAAGCUCUGUAUCCAUCUGCAAAGUGGAAAGCAUUUGAUUGCACAGAUGAUAAUGGCGAUCAAUGUAACAUAUCAGAUUUUUUCAUUCAAGCCUGAUACUCAGCAAGUGUGGUGUUUACAGAGUCUGAACAGUGGACAUUUUGACAUACUGUGAAUGAUCUUGGGGUUACUAAAUGAGAACGCUUUUGAGGUGGCAGCUCCAGUGCCUUAAGGCUAGGCACCACACCCUCAUAGGGUAAUUUUCACAAUCAACUUUUACCAGUUGAAUGUAGAUACAAAUGUAAUCCUUUUUUGUAUUACAAUUAUUCUGAAAUAUUUUAUUCAAAUAUACAAACGAGGCAAUAUCUCAAUAUCUCAUAUUUCCAUAUCAUGCAAAUCAAUUUUUCUGGACACUGGAUAAAGUACAUUUAAAUA